UAGAAACCAGGAGGUAACCCCGGGGAGAAGCAGGAGGCAGAGAGAGGAAUAGGAAGAUCAGGAGGUAGAGGGAGGCUGGAGGUUUGGGGAAAAGAGAGAGAAGGAGGAGAGGAAGGGAGAGCAGGGAGAGGAGGCGGGAGGGGAUUUGGGGGGUCUCGGUCCUCCCCACCACCGCCUCGGUGUUCGGGGAACCGGUCUCCCUGUGGGGUGGAGAGGCAGGCUGGCAGUCCUGGAGGGACUGGGUCCCACAAAGAGGGGCCAGAGGAGCUGAGAGAGGGGGCCGGGACAUUGGGAAGGGGUCGUUCAGAGGCCUCCCGGGGAUGGGGGUUGCAGCUCGACUGAGCGCCCCUCGAGCGCUGGUACUCUGGGCCGCACUGGGGGCAGCAGCUCACAUCGGACCUGCACCUGAUCCGGAAGACUGGUGGAGCUACAAGGAUAAUCUCCAGGGAAACUUCGUGCCAGGGCCUCCCUUCUGGGGCCUGGUGAAUGCCGCCUGGAGUCUGUGUGCUGUGGGGAAGCGGCAAAGCCCCGUGGACGUGGAGCUGAAGAGGGUCCUUUAUGACCCUUUUCUGCCCCCACUGAGACUCAGCACUGGGGGAGAGAAGCUCCGGGGAACCCUCUACAACACCGGCCGCCAUGUCUCCUUCCUGCCUGCACCCCGGCCCGUGGUCAACGUGUCUGGGGGGCCCCUCCUCUAUAGCCAUCGACUCAGUGAACUGCGAUUGCUGUUUGGAGCGCGCGAUGGAGCCGGCUCUGAACACCAGAUCAACCACCAGGGGUUCUCUGCGGAGGUGCAGCUCAUCCACUUCAACCAAGAACUCUAUGGGAACCUGAGCGCCGCCUCCCGAGGCCCCAAUGGCCUGGCCAUUCUCAGCCUCUUUGUCAAUGUGGCCGGCAGCUCAAACCCCUUCCUCAGCCGCCUCCUUAACCGUGACACCAUCACCCGCAUCUCCUACAAGAAUGAUGCCUACUUUCUUCAAGACCUGAGCCUGGAGCUCCUGUUCCCCGAAUCCUUUGGCUUCAUCACCUAUCAGGGCUCUCUCAGCACCCCGCCCUGCUCAGAGACUGUCACCUGGAUCCUCAUCGACCGGGCCCUCAAUAUUACCUCCCUCCAGAUGCACUCCCUAAGACUCCUGAGCCAGAAUCCUCCGUCCCAGAUCUUCCAGAGCCUCAGCGGUAACGGCCGGCCCCUGCAGCCCUUGGCCCACAGGGCCUUGAGGGGCAACAGGGACCCCCGGCACCCCGAGAGGCGCUGCCGAGGCCCCAACUACCGCCUGCAUGUGGAUGGUGCCCCCCAUGGUCGCUGAGACUCCCCAUCGAGGAUUGCGCCUGUCCUUUCCAAGUCUCCCCACUCGGGGAGGGGAGUCACCCCCAAAACAAAGCUAUUAAAGGGACAGAAUACUU